AUGGACCCAGUGAUGGGCAAAGGUAUUCCGCACAAAGACAAACCAGAGGAGCUGCAUGUACAUCAGCAGCUCCUAUAUUCUAAGACCUUUGAGGACAAUUUAGAGCAAAAAUAUGUACAGCUCUUCUGCAGUCUCCCGUCUCUGCACAGUGAGUCCCUGCAGUCUACUGUCCUUAUCCUGGUCAGCCAGUCCUCCAAGGCUCAUGUUCCAAUCUCUAUCCUUCCUGGAGAUCUUCCUCUCAGCAGUGAGCUUCGGAAGAAACUAGAGUACCACCUUCGAAAGAGGCUCGUCCAACACCGGUGGGGCCUGCCCCGCAGGAUCUAUGAGUCUUUGUCACUGCUAAAUCCUCAGAGAAAAAUUCCUGAGACAUCUGAAUCAAACAGCCUGGCAGCUCUCCAGGUGCAGCCAGUCCUCUUGGAGGACAGAGGGAUCUGCAUGGAGCAGAGGCAGGACCCCUGGGUCCCUAAGCAUGUCUUAUGGAAGUGCCAGGAUGAGAAUUUCCCACCAGCCGCAGAAAGAGUGAGCCCUGUGGGAUUCAAAGCAAGAGAUAUUGGUAGAGGGGAGGUAGGGUUAGGGACAUUCCAAGUUUCUCUGGAAAAAGGCAGCUCCCUGUCAUCACCUGUGCAGAACAGAGGCCUGGGUAAAAGUAGAGCUGGCUUUGCUGGGACUACUGAAGCUCAGAAAAUGAUAACCCACAUUGGGAAGUUCCUAGAGGAGAAACUGGGGCAUAGGCAUGGAAUAGAUACUGCUGGCCCCAAAGAGCCCCUUAUGUCCCCAACUUAUCACAAAACAGAACUGCAGGUUCAGGCAGAGCCCACCCAUGACCACCCCCUGCAACAACAUGGCUCCCUUUGGUAA